GUUUAUCAUUUAGUAGUUUGGAGUUGGAUAUUUACAUCGUGUCGUAAAAGAGAAAAUAAAAUUAUUUAUUUAUUAUAGAAAAGUAAUUUUAUAAUUUUUAAUAAUCAUGUCGUUAGCUGAUGAAUUGUUGGCUGAUCUUGAGGAAGAUGAAGAAAAAUUCAAACCAGAUCCAGAUAUGGAUUAUGUUCCUGAUGUUUUGCAGACACAUACACCUAUGGAACAAGAUAUAAAAGUAAAUUCCGUCCGAGAACUAGCAAAACUCCUGGACUCUCCAGAGCUGCAGAACAUAAUAAUCCAAAUAGACAAAUACAGUAAACUACCCCGUAAAUCCUCGGACAUAAUCGGGCCAGUAGAAUCCGACGCAGAGUACCAAUUAAUAGUCGGAGCGAACAACAUGGCGGUGUCAAUCGACGACGAGAUAGCGACGAUCCACCGCUUCGUGCGAGACAAGUACUCCAAAAGAUUCCCGGAGCUGGAGUCUUUAGUAGUAGGCCCGCUGGAGUACGUAAAAACAGUCCGAGAGCUGGGCAACGACCUGGACAGGACCAAGAACAACGAGAACCUCCAGCAGUUCCUGACCCAGGCGACGAUCAUGGUGGUCUCGGUGACAGCCUCGACGACCCAGGGCCAACUAUUGACCGAGGAGGAGAAGGACGCGAUUUGCGAGGCCUGCGACAUGGCUCUGGCGCUGAACAACUGCAAGCUGAAGAUCUACGAGUACGUCGAGAGCAGGAUGGCUUUUAUUGCUCCGAACUUGUCGGUGAUUGUCGGAGCCUCCACUGCUGCUAAGAUCAUGGGAGUCGCCGGGGGUCUCACUAAGCUCUCCAAGAUGCCCUCCUGCAAUUUACUCGUCCUCGGGGCUCAGAAGACCAUGCUCUCGGGGUUUUCCCAGACAACCGCGCUCCCUCACACUGGGUUCAUUUUUUAUUCAGAAAUUGUCCAGGAGGCGCCGCCGGAGCUCAGGAGAAAGGCUGCGAGGCUAGUCGCGUCCAAAAGCAUGCUCGCCGCGAGGGUCGACGCUUCUCAUGAGAGCACUGAUGGACACAUUGGUCAGGCCUUUCGUGACGAGAUCGAGAAGAAGCUUGAUAAAUUGCAGGAACCCCCGCCGGUUAAAUUUAUCAAGCCGCUUCCCAAGCCCAUCGAUCCUGGCCGGAAGAAGAGGGGUGGAAAGCGUGUCAGGAAGAUGAAGGAGCGGUAUGCUACUACUGAAUUCAGGAAACAUGCUAAUAGAAUGAAUUUCGCUGAUAUUGAAAGCGACGCAUACCAAGAAGACCUCGGCUACAGCCGCGGUACAAUUGGUAAAGCCGGAACCGGAAGAAUAAGACUCCCCCAAAUCGACGAAAAAACCAAAGUCCGUAUCUCCAAAACCCUUCAAAAGAAUCUCCAAAAGCAGCAGCAGUGGGGCGGCAGCACCACUGUAAAAAAACAGGUCUCAGGAACGGCAUCCAGCGUGGCGUUCACUCCACUCCAGGGCCUGGAGAUCGUGAACCCUCAAGCCGCCGAGAAAAAAGUAAACGAGGCGAACGCAAAAUAUUUCUCAAACACCGCCGGUUUUUUGAAUGUCAAAAAAUCGUAGAUUUAAAUAUUGCCAAUUAAGUGUCUGAAUUUGACUAGUUAAGUAAAUAAAUUAUAACUAAAAAAAAA